CAGGGUUCAUCACUUCAGCGCCGUUCCCGAGAAAAAACUGGCAACGACGGGAAGAGGAGUGAGUGAACAAGGCGACGCGGAAGAUAGCCUAGCUAGGUGGGUGGUGUGUUUUUUUUUUUUGGCCCCCCCCCAAAACCACAACAUUCGUAAGCGUUUUGGUUCUGUAUUUAUAACUCUGUAUGCGUUUGAAUGGAAGAAAUCCAAUUCGAGUGAAAAAUCUCGAAGUGAACAAGUCGGAUAAGUUUCGUGGCAGUGCGGGCUUGAACGCCCAAAUUUAGACCAGUUGGAAUUACAACUACUUCCUACUCCUGCCUGGAAAAUCGGUUAUCUGGCGUCAAUAGGACGGAGCCUGUUUCUAUAGGCCACGCAGCGGACUUGCACAAAGAACACAAAGUGUGUAUGGAGCAGUGUGAGAAUGCCGCGUCUCUCCUGGCGUCAGUGCGCGAGCAGGAGAUGCAGUUUGAGCGUCUGACUCGAGCUCUCGAGGAGGAGAGGAGGAGCGUGGGGCCAUCCGGCACCCUGCCCCGCCCCCUCCCCACGCUGCAGAACGGGCGUAUCCCUGGUGAUGCAGAGUUGGAGCGGCUUAAAAUAAACGAGGGAUACAUCAACGGGACACAGUACAGGAUGUUAGACCCAGGUCACCUUGUCCAGGAGACAGUCACAGUGGAGGAGGAACCCCAGGAGACAAUACCAGUUGUUUCUGUUGAAACUGAUGAAGAUGGCACCACACGCCGUACUGAAACCACAGUCAAGAAAGUCACCAAGACCACAACCACUCGCACAGUUAUACCCUCAGUCUCUGACACACUCUCUCUGGAUGGCACUGGUUCUGUCACUGGUAUGAGUGGUUAUAAUGCCCCAGUAGACAGAGUGUACAGGCAGCCAGGUCACAUGGACUACCCAACAGCUACAGUCCCUCGGGAUUACCACUAUGGGCCACCUGGGGGGUACGAUGACUAUCGUAGUGGCCCACCCUCUGAAACCUAUGCCAGCCUCAACCGAGGGGCCCGCAUAAACAAUCGCUACAGACCUGUGGAUGGCUACCAAACAUUGGACCCUGGUUACCGUGUCCAUAGCAGGCCCCAGCUGGACCCAUACGCUGCCCAGCCACAGGUAGGUCGCAUGGGCAGCGCUAUGGAGAUCUCUGGCAUGCAGCGAUUUGUUCCAGAGCCCUAUGGGCUGGAGGAUGACCAAAGGAGUCUGGGAUAUGAUGAGCCUGAUUAUGGUAUGGGGCCCCCUAUGCACUACAGCACCAUGCCCCGGCUAGGAUCUCAUCCUCCACCUCCACGCCGGACAGGAUCCUAUGAGGGUACUCUGGAUGGAGAUAUGAGUGGAGCAGGGGAUAUGUAUUAUUGGGGGAGUGGAGCUCCUUUGGCUCAGGGAGAAAGAGGAAGCAUGGCGUCACUGGACAGCACACUACGUAAAGGCCCUGCCCCAACAACAUGGAGGCAGCCUGAAUUGCCGGAGGUCAUCGCUAUGCUCAACUAUCGUCUGGACCCAGUCAGAAGUAAUGCUGCUGCUUACCUUCAACAUCUUACGUUUAAAAACGAUAAGGUCAAAUCGGAAGUAAGGCGCCUGAAGGGAAUUCCUGCUUUGGUGUCUAUGUUGGACAACCCAAAGAAGGAGGUGCAUCACUCUGCCUGUGGAGCUCUGAAGAACAUUUCAUAUGGACGAGACCCUGACAACAAAAUUGCCAUCAAAAACUGUGACGGAGUCCCUGCUUUGGUGCGCCUGCUGAGGAAGACAAGAGACCAGGAUCUGACAGAUACCAUUACAGGAACUCUGUGGAACCUGUCAUCGCAUGACUCCGUGAAGAUGGAGAUUGUGGACCAUGCACUCCACGCGCUGUCUGAUGAAGUGAUGGUGCCACACUCGGGCUGGGAGAGAGCGAGUGAUGGAGGAGAGGAGAGCUGCAAGCCCCGCCACCUAGAAUGGGAGACGUCUCUCACCAAUACUGCUGGUUGCCUGAGGAAUGUGAGCUCAGAGAGGAGUGAGGCCAGGAGGAAAUUAAGAGAAUGCUCUGGCUUGGUUGACUCGCUCAUGUACAUCGUCCAAUCCCAGAUUAAUUGUAAAGAUGUGGACAACAAGUUGGUGGAGAACAGUGUUUGCCUUUUGAGGAAUCUAUCUUAUCAGGUGCAUCGAGAAGUGCCAGGUUGUGAGCGCUACCAGGAGACGGCACCUGUCAAUCAAGGCCCUGCCCCUGCUAAUCAGAAGGGGGGCUGCUUCAGCUCCCGCAAGGGUAAAGGGAAGAAAGAUGAUGAUGGAGGCGUAGAUCUAAUCGAAAUUCCAAAGAGGACCACACCAGCCAAAGGUUAUGAACUGCUUUUCCAGCCAGAGGUGGUUCGAGUGUACACAUCACUGCUGAAGGAGAGCAAGAAUCCUUCUGUUCUAGAGGCUUCUGCAGGAGCCAUCCAGAAUUUGUGUGCAGGCCGCUGGACCUACGGACGUUAUAUCAGGGCAGUGACAAGACACGAGAAAGGAUUGCCCAUGAUGACUGAGCUGUUGUGUCAUGGGAGCGACCGUGUGGUCAGAGCCAUGUCUGGAGCCCUUAGAAACCUGGCUAUUGAUGCUCGCAAUCGGGAUCUUCUUGGAAAGCAUGCUAUACCCAACCUGGUGGCAAAUCUGCCAGGCGGUGGGCAGAGUCAGCCUGUGCGUAACCUCUCGGAAGAGACCGUGGUUUCGGUGCUCAGCACUCUGGCAGAGGUGGUCUGUUCCAGUGUGGAUGCAGCCAAGGUUCUGCGGAGCUCACAGGGCAUUGAGAGACUGGUGCUCAUCAAUAAGGAUGGUAACCGUUCCGACAGGGAAGUACGUGGUGCUGGUCUAGUGCUGCAGAAUGUGUGGGGAUUUAAGGAGCUGCGGCGCACGCUAGAGAAGGAUGGCUGGAAGAAAUCGGAUUUUGUGGUCAACGUGAAUCCUCCUAACACCCGCACCAACGGUGGCUAUGAGGAUAGCAGCACCCUACCACUCAUUGACAGAGGAGGAAAGCAGGACAGAGACAGAAACAUGAUUCCACUAAAUGACUUGGGAUCAGACUCCUAUGCUACACUGGACCAGAGAGGACGGAGGAACACUUUGGAUGAAACUCUAGAACCUGCAGAGAAUGAUAUUCAGAAAAACUGAUAGUGUGCAUUACUCGUGGUGAGCACCCUGUUCCUGCCUACUGUCCCUGCUGAACCUCGUCACAAAGGGACCACAGCCACUAAUCAAUGACACAAAGAAUCUCUUCCUCCAUCAUUACCCUUCUUUCUUUCUCUCACCUUCUGCUUGUUGAUCUGUCUCCUAAGAUCCAAAUGACUCUCACUACUAGGCAAAGACAUUGUAGUCAUUUUUAUCUUCUGGUACUUUAAAUCCAUGCCACUUUUUUAAAACGAAAACGCAAGACUGAAACUCUACAGAACGGGAGUGCCUUUUUUUUUUUUCUCCUUUUAAUUUCUCAUGUUUUCUUCUUUAACACUACAUACUGUGCAUUGUGCCCUAAAAUUGGGUGAGAUCACUAGUUAUUUCUUUGAUUUUGGUUUAAUUCCUUUUGCUACAUGGAUUUUUAUUUACUGACAUUUUAUUCAACAUGACACUACAGUAAAUGUUCUUGCUACCACUACAUUUGAUGUCAUUCUGUUGCCCCUUAACGUUUUGGAACACUAAUUACUUAUUGUAUUUUUUUCCCCUUUUUCAAAGUUAUGUAGCUGUAAGAUUAGUCUGCAUUUGUUUCCAUUUUUUUUCUGUGCUGACAAACAUUUAUACCAAAUUACACCACUGUAUUGUGAGUUACUAUUAAACAUAGUGCGUGUGUAUAUAGUGUACUAAAUCAUCUUGUACAAGAUUUUGGGAGGGGAAUGGGGCUCAUUUUGUAAUGAAACCAUUGCCUCGCACAGCUAAAUUACCACUCAGAGCUGACACUGCUAUCUUUUUGCAAACACCCCCACCCCCUUUUUUUCGGUCUUGACACAUUUGACUUGUGGAUGUUGCUGAUUGACAAAGGUUGAGGGGUAAUGCUUAUGGGAAGAGAAACCGGUGUUUCCAGUUUUUGGUUGUCUAAAUUGAGUGUCUAGAAAGGCGCCUUUUAAUAUAAAUAUUGAUUUGAGUAGCUCAGAUAACGUCAAGGUGGGUUGUUUGGGACAUGACCACUUGGUCCCUAGUUUUCCCCUUUGGCAGGGUUAACAGCAGAGCUGGUCCUGUAUUCAGAGCUGGAGCACUCUGGAUUAAUGUUGAGCCCCUCUGGAAAGACAGCAUGAACCUGCCACUCUGUAGGCCCAGUUCUUGCUUUCCUCUCUGAAUAAAGACAGUGUAAAUAUGAUGGCAUACAACAAAUCCACCAUCCUUGGUCGCAGUGCCUCACUCACUGAUCAGCCCGUGUGUGUGUGAGAGAGAGGGGCUUUAAGUGGCGUGUGUGAGGUUUAAGGAAUUUAGCCUUGAGUGCCUGUGUUGCAAUGGGGAGUGAGGGAUGGAUCAUUGAGGGUGUGUUGGCUUUACAUUGAGCAAAGUGCUCCUCCUUUAGACUGUGCGCUUGAUAUGCACGGAGUCUGGUGUAGAUAUUUGCUAAAUGGAUACUCUAGCACAAGGAGUUAAGUGUGUUUGUUUUUCCUUGAACUUCUUUUAACUGCUUCCCUUCAAGGGGAUUUGCCCCAGACUGGUUUUUAAACCCAUCAUUCCCCCCCCCCCCCCCCCCCAUGUGAGACACCACUACAGUUCAGUGUAGCCAUGUGACAAACACGUUUUUUUUGUUUUUUAGAAGGUAUCCAGCAGCAGGCUAUGGCCUAGGGUUUUUUUUUUUUUAAAUGGAAGUGAAAGACUUUAAAAUCUUGACAAUAUUACAAGCGAAUUUGAGAGCGUGCUCAGAUUUUGAUUCUAGCUUGAUAUUAGAUAAAGAAGUUAAAGCACAUUUAACUAUAUAUACACCAGAGAAUAUUUGUUAAUUUUAAUUAUUUGUUUCCGCUGUGUCUUUUUUUUAUAUAUAUAUUUUAUGAUUUGGGAUAACUUUGUUUUUCUGGGGUUAUUGUGGGUGAAUGCAUAUGCAAUCAAUUUUAUUUUUAAUUAAAUGCAUUUACAGUUUAUACCUUAAUUAAACAAAACAAGGAAAAAUUG